AUUAUUGCCAUGUUUAUGAGAAAAGCGAAGAAGGUCUCCUCAGUAGCAAAGGAAGGAGAGAUCCUCCUCAAACUUAUCAGUAAGCCUUGCUGUCCACCUUGAGAUCAAGCCCAUUUCAUCAUCAAGAAACUAAAGAACAAAUUUGAAUUUAAUGCGAAGAGGUUAAACAUUCAAGGAUCAGGUUAUAAGUGAGAUUAUCCAGAAUACUCUCGAUACCAAGAACUGAUUCCAGUGAUUCUCAUAAAUGAGAAAGAAGUUUGAGUAAGCAAGGUAUAUGAAAAAGAUAUUGUCGAGGAAUUAACAAGGUUGGGUGCCAAAAAGAUUCUAUAA